UGAAGGGGGAAGGAUGGAGCAGGGUUUAAAUUUAAAACUGGGCAAGGGUACAAAGCCCCUCAUUUCCCCAUUUCUGCUUAGUGCAGCUGGAGCUGGGCUUGACAAGAUGCUGACCAGAGCUUGUGGUAAAUGUUUUACAGUACCGUGUAUCAGCCAGAUCAAUUCUACUAUGCUUGAGGGAGUGCAGAUAAAGUGGCUUAAAGAUUCCCCUGCUGAAAGCGAUAGGAUCAUCAUUUAUGCUAGAGAAGACAGAUUUAGUCGCCUGACAUUUAUUUGGCCAUGGUGUGCUCUGCAGAUUUCCCACCCGGGGAUGAUAGCUAACCUGAUGAUGUCAGAUGUGAGCUGCAUGCAAGGAAAAAAACACACAAAAAGCCAGUGCUAUUCCUCUUGUCGGCCAGAGGAGUUUUGCUGUGUCUGGAUUGGGUCCCUUGGACUCCGAAUUGAGCAAACAUGAGCGCACUUGACUUGACUUCCAUCCUUGAUUUUCUGGAAACAGCCAACUUGACAGAGAUCAACUGGACGUGCAACAAUGGCGACUGCAUCACAGUCGAUGCGACAACAUGCCCCGGCACGCUCAACAAGAGCGCCCUGCUAUACACCCUGUCCUUCUUCUAUAUUUUCAUCUUCGUCACAGGGCUGGUGGCCAACUCGGUUGUGGUGUGGGUCAACCUCCAAGCCAAAAUGACUGGCUAUGAAACCCACCUCUACAUCUUCAACUUAGCUAUUGCUGAUCUGUGUGUUGUCAUCACCCUUCCAGUGUGGGUUGUCUCCCUCAUCCAGCAUAACCAGUGGAACAUGGGAGAAAUCAUGUGCAAGAUAACUCACCUUAUAUUUUCCAUCAACUUGUUUGGCAGCAUCUUCUUCCUGGCGUGCAUGAGUGUGGACCGCUACCUCUCGGUUGCCUAUUUCACCAAUUCCAGCAGUCGCAAGAAGAAGAUAAUCCGUCGCUGUAUCUGCAUCUUAGUGUGGCUCCUUGCCUUUUCUGUGUCUCUGCCAGACACCUAUUAUCUCAAGACAGUCUAUUCCAACAAUGAAACCUAUUGUCGUCCCGUCUAUCCAGAGGAGAGCUUCAAAGAGUGGUUGAUUGGCAUGGAGCUCAUUUCGGUCGUGCUGGGCUUUCUCAUACCUUUUCCCAUUAUCGCUCUCUUCUAUUUCCUCCUUGCGAAGACCAUCUCCGCCUCCAGUGACCAAGAGAGGAAGAGCAAUGGGAAGAUCAUUUUCUCUUACGUUGUCGUGUUCCUCGUCUGCUGGCUGCCCUACCAUAUAGCUGUCCUGCUUGACAUCUUUUACAGCCUUCAUUUCAUACCUUUCAGUUGUCAGAUGGAGAACUUCUUAUAUGCCACUCUUCACAUCACUCAGUGUUUCUCUCUAGUGCAUUGCUGCGUCAACCCCAUCCUCUACAGCUUCAUUAACCGCAACUACAGAUACGAGCUCAUGAAAGCCUUUAUUUUCAAGUACUCUGCCAAAACUGGUCUCACUAAACUUAUUGAUGCUUCCAGGGUGUCAGAAGCAGAAUACUCUGCUCUUGAGCAAAAUGCCAAAUGACUGCAACCCCCUAAAGACACCUCUUUGACUCUCUGACCUUUGUUCUUUGCGUGAUGGUUUUGUGUGUGUUGUUUGUUUGUGUGGGGUUUUUACCCAGCUUUCCUUGUACAUGUUAUGAACGGGGCAUGAAUUCCAGCCUACAGAAGAGAAAUAGCAAACUGUAAUUUAAGAGUAGAAUCAAGUGCAAGAAUUGAAGUGGUACCAAAAUUAAGCCUUUUCUCCUAGCCUGGUCUGGACUUCUCAACAAUGCUAUGCAAAUGGGGGUGACUUUCUAGCAGACAAAGCCAUUGUGUACCAUAGAUAACAUGAUUUUUUCAGCAUAAGCUUUUCCUUCCACAUGUAGAUUCCCUCUUGUCUCCUUGUAUAUGUUAUAUAUAUAUAGUGUGUUGUAUUUAAAAGCUCAAGACUUUAUUUUCUGGCUCUUGGUGUACCUUAUACAAUUGUAUUUGAAAGUUAAAUAUAUUUUUAUCAUGUAUUUGAGGUGUAUUGCUGAUGAGUGUAUCCAGAGUGCUGUAAUCUGAGCGUUAGAUUGCCAUUUGGUUUCAGCUGUUGUAGGGAAGAGGAUGCCGAUGAAUAGCAGCAUGGAAAUGAUGCUCUUAGGCGCAUCCUCCUUGGCUGACACACUUUGCUGACCAUAGCUUUGUGGGGUGGUGAUACCCACAUUUCUGGAGCAUGAAAUGUAUGUAGUGUAAUAUAGUUGCCAUCAUGUUAAAAUUAACAGUAUUGUAAGAGUUGUUAACUCCUACGCCCGUCCUUCACCAAGCUCUAUUCUUAUGCACAGAAUGAAUGAGCUGACUUCUGAGAGUUGUCUCUAUUUGUAAGUUAUUUUUGUAAAAUAAAGAUCUGGAAAAAAACCAA